UUGUCACUGCUGCCAUUUUGAAUUGAAUGAAGUGCAAUUUUUGUUGUCAUCAUUUGAGUUCUUGAUUGAUAUAAUUAUUCGAAAACCAUGGGUUUAGCUACCAUUGUUGAAAAUGAAGCUCAUUUUCAGUCUGAAAUGGCUAAUGCGGGUACAAAGCUAGUAGUGGUGGACUUUACCGCUACUUGGUGUCCACCAUGCCAAAGGAUUGCACCGUUUUUUGAACAAUUACCUGCGAAGUUUCCAAGAGCGGUAUUUCUCAAAGUUGACGUGGAUAGAUGUGCAGAGACGGCCAGCGCCCAAGGCAUCUCAGCGAUGCCUACUUUCGUUUUUUACAGAAACAGAACAAGGAUUGAUCGGCUACAGGGUGCUGAUCCUGGAACUUUAGAAAGCAAAGUUAGACAGUACUAUGGUACAGAAGAUGCUGGUGAAGAAGACAGUGCUGUCGCUGGACAUAUGGAUUUGGGGACAUUCAUCACAAAGAGUGAAUGUGAAUGCUUGAAUGAAGCUGAUGAUCACCCCAUGAUGCAUGCUCUGACCAGUGCUGGAGGAUAUCUUGCAAGUGACUGUGAUGAACAACUUAUCAUAAAUAUAGCUUUCAAUCAGUUGGUGAAACUCCAUUCUCUAAAGAUCAAAGCUCCAGCUGACAAGGGACCUAAGUUUGUGAAACUGUUCAUCAACCAGCCAAGGACGCUGGACUUUGACCAGGCAGCUGGGAAUGCAUCUGUACAAGACUUGGAAUUAUCUCCUAAUGAUCUAGAAGGCAAUCCCAUUCCUCUCAAAUUUGUGAAGUUCCAGAAUGUUCAGAACAUACAGUUGUUCAUAAAGGACAAUCAGUCUGGCGGAGAGGUGACACAGAUAGAUCAUCUGGCCUUCUAUGGCUCUCCAAUUUCCACUACAAAUAUGGGAGAGUUCAAGCGUGUUGCAGGCAAGAAAGGUGAAAGCCAUUAGCCGGUGCAGCUGCUUUCAGAAGAGCUCAGUUCAGGGUUAUUUGAAUACCAGUUUGCUGAUUUUGUGGUAAAUUUGAGCAUGGUAAAAUAACAACUUGUAUCCAUUUAAGUAAUGAUGACGUAAGAGAUACUAUACUUCUGCCAUCUUCUAUACUCACAGGAGAUCUUUCACUAGUACAUGUGGCGGUUGCAAUAUGAGCUUAUCAAAAAAUUGUGAUGAUAGAGUGGUAGACUUUUUAAGAACAGAUAAAUAUUAUCAAUGCUAAAAUUUUUAUGAAAUAUUUUCUUUCAAAUACCAAUUUUAGACAGGGUAUUUAUUAUUUAAAUACAUAAAAUAACACUGAACUGUCUCUUCAACUAAAUUUAUGUAAACAUUAUUUAACUAAUGUAAAUUGAGUCAUUUCUCAAACUGUGUCAAAUAAGUAAAUGUGUAUUUAAUAUAUAGUCACAUAUUUAUAAAAUAUAACAUCAAUAUUAUUAUAAGUGAAAGGUCAUUCCAUAGGCCACAGUUUGUUAAAUGGGAUUCAGGAAUAUCAGGUAUUUGUAUAUUCAAUAAAUAAAAUAAUUAAGAUA